AUGGCCGGUGUGGCGAUCGAAGGACGUGGCGAGGAGUUGGAGCAGGGCGUGCGGCUGACGGUGGAGCCGGUUGACGCGGUGGCGGCGGCGGGCGAGUCCGUGCUGCUGGGCUGCGCGGGCGCCGCUCGCGGGCCAGUGGGCGUCGCGUGGCGGCACAGCGACACCACGCCCACCAGGGAGCACACGCUGGCGCCGCAGGACAAGUACAGGAAGCAGUUGGCCAAUGGAUCGCUACUGAUAGAGAGCAUGUCGGCCUCGCUGGCGGGGCAGUACCAGUGCGUGGUGACCGGCGACGCGGGCACCAUCGUGUCCCGGGUGGCGAGUGUAUUCCUGGCUGAGUUGCCGACACUGGUGGCGGGCCCCCGCAGCGUGCUGGGCGUGGUGGGCGGCCCCGUGCUGCUGGCGUGCGGGGCGCAGGCGCCGCCGCGGGUCGCGCUGCGCGUGGUCGGCGCGCACGUCGGCGCCGACCGCCGCGUCUACAGCGCCGGCAAGCUGCACGCCGCGCCGCCGCUGCUCAAACUCAACGUGACGUGGCUGAAGAACGGGUCCCCGGUCCGCGGCGAGGGCGGUCGCGUGGCCCUGUCCCCCAGCGGCGCGCUGGAGCUGGACCCGGCGCGUGCGCACGACGCGGGCCUCUACCGCUGCCGCGUGGCGCUCGCGCACCAGCCGCACCUAUACGUGACUGGUGAUGAGAUCGAGCUGCGUAUCAACUCAGAGGCGAGCGCCGAGUACCCGCCGCGGUUCAUAGCCACGCCGCAACCAGUCACUGUCAUGGAGGGUGCGUCGGUGACCUUCGACUGCGCGGCGGUGGGCAACCCCAAGCCGGAGAUGAUCUGGCUGAAUAACGGUGUUGCCAUUGACCUCAGCGACCUGGACUCCCGCUUCUACCUGGUGGGGUCGGGCUCGCUGCGCGUGCAGGCGGCGCGUGCGCUGGACGCGGGCAGCUACACGUGCCGCGCGCACUCGCGCCUCGACAGCUGCGACCACACCACGCAGCUGCAUGUUAUCUCGGCGCCGCGCGCGCACGUGCCGGGCGGGCCCGUGGUGCGCGCGCGCACGCGCGGCGACGUGACGCUGCGCUGCGAGGCGCGCGGCCGCCCGCCGCCGCAGGUCUACUGGCUCAAGGACGGGGAGACGCUCACGCCCAACAACCACGACAUCGCGCUGCUCGACCAGUCGUCGCUGCGCAUCCAGGGCGUGCUGGCGGUGGACGCCGGCAUGUUCCAGUGCUGCGCGCGCUCGCCCGCCGGCUGCGCCUGCGCAGAGCUGCGGCUGCACGUCACCUCGCCGCCGCCCGAUUCGGACACGAACGACUUUAACUCCACCUCUUAUCCCUCCCAGUCGUCCCGUCACUUUCCCCCCACCAACACGUCUUCCCAGGACAUUUUCAACAGCCUCAUCUCCACCGGCCCGUUGCUCGACCAAUCCGACACUGAAGACCUGGACUUUUUAGGGGAGACCUCCUCGGCGUUUACAUCCGGACCUGACGUGGAGUACGACGGAUAUGAUAGCUAUGACUUUAAUGAGGAUGAUUCUUUCCACGCUGCGGAAGACAUGGACCUGGACACGCUCCGGAGGGGGAAUACGUCUGCUGUGGGGACGCCGCGGGGGCUGAAGGCGGUGCUGGUGAAGCAUCGCUUCGUGACGUUGAGCUGGGACGAGCCUGAGGAUAGGGGGGAGGACAUCACGGGAUAUGCUGUCAUCUAUAAAGUCAAGGGCAGUGAGAGAGAGCGUGUGUCGCGCGGCGCAGGCGCCAAGCGUGAGAUGAACGUGCCCUCGCUGCAGCCUAACACGACCUACCAGUUCCAGGUGCUGGCCUACACGCAGCACCACGCCUCGCUGCCCACGGAGGUGCUGGAGGUGACAACUCCCGAGGAGGAGCUGACGUACGGGCCGCCGGGCAACGUCCGCGCCGAGCCCACCGGGCCGCACUCCAUCCGGGUCACGUGGACCGCGCCGCCCGCCCUGCACCCGCCCACCAAGUACAGCGUCUACUACACCGAGGCCGAGACGGGCCGCGAGCAGGUGCAGUGGAUCGACGCGGAGCCGGGCGUUGGGCCGCUGGGCGCCAGUGUGGCGGGCGUGCGCGCCGCCGCGCUGUACUGGCUGCGCGUGGCGGCGGCGGGCGGCGCGCCCAGCCAAGAGCUGCGCGUGCGCACGCCCAGCGACGCGCCCGCCGCGCCGCCCGGGAACGUCAGCGCCGUGGCCAGCGGCGCCAGCUCGAUCCUGGUCCGCUGGGAGGCGCCCCCCGCCCGCACGCACCGCGGCGCCCUCACCGGGUACAAGCUGCGGUACCGCGCGCUGCCCGCCCCCGCCGGCGGGGCCGCCGCGGGGGGCGCGGGAGGGCGCAGGAAGGCGGACUCGCUCACCACGCCCGCGGACGCCCGCCGGGCCGAGCUGAGGGGGCUCGACACCGGGACCACCUACCAGAUCCGAGUGUGCGCCAUCAACGCCAACGGCUCGGGCCCCUUCAGCGAGUGGGUGUCGGCCACCACGCAGCAGCAGCAGCUGGACGAGACGCAGGUGCCGCCGCCGCCGCCGCCGCUCACCACCCGAGCAGGUCGCGACUGGAUCUCGGUGUGGUGGAGCUCGGAGACGGAGUCGGCGGCGGUGCUGGUGCGCGGCUACUGGCUCGGCUGGGGGCUCGGCGUGCCCGACGACCGCAGCAAGCAGCUGCCGGCGCACAUACACUCGCACGUCAUACGCGGCCUUGAAUCGAACUCUGAGUACGUGAUAUCGCUCCGGGCGAGCAACGCGCUAGGCCUGGGCCCGGCGGUGUACGCCACCGUGAGGACGAAGCCGGCGGCGGCCGAGGGGGACGAGGAGGAGGAGGACGAGGGGGAGGGGGACGAGGAUGAGGAGGACGAGGAGGAGGGCGCGCCGCCGCUCAUACCGCCCGUCGGGCUCAAGGUGAUAAUGCUGAGCGGCACGACGGCGGUGGUGUACUGGACCGACCCCACGCUGCCCAAAGGACAGACGGCGACGGACGGGCGCCGCUACGUGGUCCGCUGGGCGGCGGCGGGCGCGCGGCCGCGCUCCUACAACGCCAGCGACCUCAACUGCAUGCUGGACGACCUGCGGCCCUUCACCACCUACGAGUUCGCCGUCAAGCUCAUCAAGGGCGGGCGCGAGUCGGCGUGGUCGAUGCUGGUGUCCAACACGACCCUGGAGGCAGCUCCGGGCUCCGCCCCCCGCGAGCUGCGCGUGUCCGCAGCCGCGCCCCCCGCCCGGGCCGUGGACCUCACCUGGGCGCCGCCCAGCAAGCCCAACGGGAUCAUCACUGGCUACGUGGUAAUGUACGCGAUAACCCGCAGCGGGGCCGCGGCGGGCACCGAGGAGUGGACCGCGGUGGCCGUGCCGGGCGAGCGGGCCCGGGCCAGGGUGGACCGCCUGCGGCCGCGGACCACCUACAGCUUCAAGAUACAGGCGCGGAACAGCAAGGGGCUCGGCCCCUUCACACCCGCGCACACCUACACCACUGCUAUGGAGAGCGGCGAGGGCGGCGGGCUGGCCAGCGCCACGUCGGCGUGGCUGUGGGCGUCGGCGGGCGGCGCCUGCGCCGUGCUGGCGCUGGCGGCCGCGCUGGCGCUGUCGCUGUGCUGUCGCCGCGCGGCGCCGCCGCUGUCGCCCGACACCAGCACGUACCAGAAAUCGUCGGCAUCAGCGGCCAUCAAGCCCCCGGACCUGUGGAUCCACCACGACCAGAUGGAGCUCAAACACAUGGACAAGAGCCUGCACAGCUCCAACAGUAAGAUGUCGGGCAGCGUGGAGGGCGGCGCGCUGAUGUCGUCGACGCUGACGCUGUCCCGCGGCGCCGACUACGAGCCGGCGCGCCACGCGGCGCCGCCCGCCACGCUGGAGCGGCGGCACGUCGUGCCCACAUACGUCGAGUGCGGCGGGUCGUGCAGUAGCGCGGACACGUGCUUGCUGCGCGCGUCGCCCGCCUGCUCACCCCACAGGGAGUAUACACCGAUGACCGGCGUGGGCAGCAUGAGCAGCAUGGGCGGCAUGGGCAUGGCGGGGAUGGCGGGCAACAUGGGCACGCUGGGCAGCGCCGGCUGCACCUCCACGUGCGAGCGGCGCCAGUACCGGCCCAUGCAUCCCGACCAGAGCACGCCGCUGUUGGCGGGCGUGGCGCCGCUGGCGUCGCCGGUGUCGUCGCUGGCGUCGCUGCACCACCACCAGCACCACCCGCCGCACCCGCCGCCCGCGCCCUGCGGGUCGGGCUCGUGCCCGCUGGGCGCAGCAUGCGGCGGCCUGGGCGGUGUGGGCGGCCUGGGCGGCGUGGGCACAUUGGGCGGGGUCAGCGUGGGCAGCGCGCCCACGUCUGGCGGCAGCGACGUGUACGCGUGCGCGGCGCGGGAGCGGGGGCAGUACGUGGCGUAUGAGCCGCUCGGACACUAUACACACCGGGACUCGGGCGGCAGCUCGACGGGCGGCGGGUCGGAGCCGGCGGCGGGCGCGGGGGCCGGCGCGGGGGGCUCGCUGCCGCGCCGCAACACCGCGCUGCUGUCCUUCAGCGACACCUCCGACCACUCCACGCCCACACACUCGCACCGCAGCGUCCGCGAGUCGUCCCCGUACAAGAAGAGCGCCAACUCGUCCCCCGGACACCUGCCCAACCGGCUGCAGCUCGGCGGUCCGGUGGCGCACUGUUCGGAGGAGCUGGAGCCGCUGACGCCCUCGCGGUCCACCGAGCGGCUGCAGCGGGAGAUGCAGAACUUAGAGGGACUCAUGAAGGACCUCUCCGCCAUCACGCAGCAGCAGUUCCACUGCUAGCCACCACCACGGAGACAGGAGGAGUCCCUGGUAACUGCCACCAGGGAGACAUCACUCCCACAGGAGGAAGCUUUGAUAUACAAGUGCAGUAGGAAACUACAAAGGUUUUAAAGUUACUGAAUUAUUGAUCGAUUUCACCAAAAGCCCGAAAAAACGGUAACACGGGUCAGGUGUGGACAAAGUAUUUUUUUUUACGUGUUUCCCUACCGGGAGUCGCACCAAAAUCGUGUCGGUCAACUGCUGGACCACGGAUGUACCACGACUCAGUGGUAAAUCCUAAUAAUAUUAACCAGGUGCCUGUUAUCAAAAGUCAGAUAUUAACGAUUAUUGAAAAACAACUCAGACUUUUAACCUCUCAUAUGCCGAGAUACCAGACACAAUAGAUUUUACAUUGUGUCUGGUCGAGAUCCGCGUUCCGGCGUUCGAAAGAUUAAAACACAUCAUUGGUAAAUCUUAGGAUAUACCGUACUUUGGGCAUUUAUAGUAACAUAUAGAUUAAAGGAAGUCGCACUUUUGACUCGUUUCUUUACGAAUUCGUCUCGUGUGAAACAAUCUGAAACUUUCAAGGACUGUGGAGACGCGCACACCGGGUGCAAGAUGGCCGUUAAAAGAUCCCCGCCCGCGACUUCGGUUAUCGCCUGUGACAUGUUUAUUACUCCUAUGUUCUUUCCUAAGGUCUAAUCUAUCUCUAUACCAAAUUUCAUCGAAAUCAGUAUAGUAGAUUUGCUAUAUAGUGUACUAGACGGACAGAGUUACUUUCGCAUUAUAUAAUAUUAGUAGGAACUGUUCAUAACAUUCGAAUUCGUACGAAAACGCAUCACAAGGUCGAGCUGCCUUAUGGAACACUUCAAGACAUAUUGGUGAAAACGAGCUUAAUACUCGUGCUAAUAAAUAAACAAAGCAUAGAAAAUAUCCAGUCAAGGCUAGGUAAAUAUCUCGCCAUUGCGACUAAUUGAAUUUAAAUAUUAUCGAUUGAACGCACUUCGUGAUUAAUAACCACUCGAUAAGCGGUGUAGUGUCUUUCUUUGAGAUAAUUCAAUCGAAGUUUGUGGAAUUAUCAAACUCAAGUACCAACAACUUAUGAACAAUGAUAUUUUUACAAAGUAAGUGCCAUCUUCUUCGACAAGACUUUAUGUACGCGGCCCAAUCUUAGCCUACUCACGUUAUGUUUAGAAUACUUUAAACGAAUAGGUGUAUUACGAUAUUAAAAUAUGUAUGAAGGCACAACCACACUCAUUGGCAUCUGUUUGUCCGGCCAAAUAGUGAACGCCAACUUUGACUAAAAUCGAUCAGAACUUUACACAUACCUACGCUCACGCCAUACAAAAGCUACUCUUACCGUGUGCCGUCUAAGGCUGCGUUUCCAUUGAACCGGAGCUGGGCGGAGAAUGAAUUGCCGUAGAUGGCAUUAACUACUUGGCCGGACAAAUGGGGAGCGUUGAGGGCUCUCACCCGGUACAUAGUUUAAGACAACAGCCCUGAGGGUGCUCAGUUGGGCGCGAACGACGCACUGAGCCAAGAUGUGGGUCGAUAGCGAUAAGCGCUGAAUGAGGGAAAUCAUCGAGCACACCGGCGGGGUCGAUAUAAAGGGUGUAAAGUCCACGCCAGCCAUAUGUAUGUAUGUAUGUAUAAUGAAUCAUUUUUUUUUUUGACGUGACUUAUUGUAGAUUUGCUGCAGAUGGCAUUAACUACUUGGCCGGACAAAUGGGGAGCGCUGAAGGCUCUCACCCGGAUAAUGAAUCAUAGAACAUUGAUGUAAGUGAGUGUGGUCGAGCCUUCAGCUUCCUUCAAGAAAAGACAUUUUAAGACUUAACCAGAUCUCAGACACAUCACAUUGGAGUGACUUAUUAUUUAUAAUGCAUUUAUGUAGUUGAAAUGUUAUACAAUGUUUGUUUCGCUUGGUUCAAGCACAACGCAAUGACAAGAGGUCUGCUCAAAAUUAUUCUUAUGAGGACAUAGAAUACAUAGAUACGAUAAUAAUAUAAUAUCGGGAAUUGAAAAUAAAUCUAUUUCUUGUUAACUUUCUUGUAAUUAUAAAAUUAAUUGUUUAUUAAAACAAUAAUGCGUCGACUUUUAAAUAAAAUUAAAAAAUCCACUAAAUAUGUCAACAAUUGGGUAGUUUCUUAGGUCAAAUAUAAAUUGGAAAAUUCUGAUUAUUAAAUAAAGACAGAUCUAAAUGUGACAAAAACGUUUUAUCUUUUCUAUUUAACUUAUUUGUGAAUUUUAAUAAAGAAAAAUGUAAUAAAAAGUGCGACACUUUGUCGCGUUUUUCUAUAACGUCACAGUGUGCUUUUUCAUACAAAUUCCAUAGUAAUUUCGUGUUUGGACGUUUAGUAACAAGUAACUGAUUUGACUAGUUGGAAACUACUCUAAUACUUGUAACCUAGUCGAACACAGUAUUAUACAUGUGGACCCAACUUUAGACGGUUUUAACGAAAAUAUUAUAAACAAUUAAUUUCUAGACUAUUUCCUAUAACCGCAUUUUUUCUUAUACUAUUUUUAUAUUAUUAUUUACUAUAUAAUUUUGUAUGGAUUUUUUGCGUAGGUUGGGUUUUGUUACAGUCGAUAUUAAGGAGUUCCCACACAGUUUAUAACUUAUAUAACAAGUUAUAUUGCUGGUGUGGGAGCACCAUUAUACCGGCUGGCCCCUUCGCGGUUGUCACUGCCUUUUUUCGACUACCCUUUAUAUCCUAUAUUAAUUAUAGUUAAUGUACUAUACAUUUGUGAUGCGUAUACCUAUACAUAUAGCUAGUGUAUAUAGUCAGUAACUAAUUAAUACUAAUUUUAAGGUUAUUUUUAUAGUUUUAAUAAUGUGAAGUCAUAUAAGUAAUAAUUAUUUAAUUUUUUGCCGAAAUCUUUUUAAAUAUUCUUCAUUGUAAAUUGGCAACACUGUAAUUUGAAUUUUUAAACACAAGUGUUGCUAUAAAAGACUUAAUGUAAAAAAUAACUCGAAUUUAAAACGAAUAAACAUGAAUUUACAUAAAGAAUUCAUGCACUAUUACUAGUAAACACAUAGCUUGACUACGAUAAGUAUUGCGAACAUGAAUGUUACUUCAACUAUUAAGAGUGAAUUGGUUAAGGUCAAGCUAUAUUAUGUACCUUGAGAAGUUAUUGAUGUUCUUUAUACUAAAUUCAACUUUAAAAAUUUUGAUAAACUUGUAACUUUUGUACAUUUAUAAAUGUCGUAUCUGAAGCCAUCGAAUGAAGUAACGAUAGUGUUACGUCGCACUUAUUUAUUAUAUUCGAACAAUUACUACAUUAAUAAUGUAAAUACUUUAUGAUACUAACUAGUAUUAACUAAGUGCGCUAGGUAAGUUUUUGAAGUUAUACUAUUUUGUAUCUGUCGAGUUUUGGAACCUCAAAAAAAGUAAUUGAAGAUCAAAUCUUUAUCGAAAUGCGUUUCUGAUGCAUUGACAUUUCAUUUCGAUGUUACCAUUCUACUAGACCAAUUUUGAUAAAGUUUUCUUGAGGUUCCAACUGUCAAGCGAUCCUCCCGUUACCCACAUACUUGCCCCGUGUAAAUAAACCUUUAUCAUAGUUUUUAUCUUAAUUCAAUGUAAGUAGAUAAUUAUUUUAUCUUGAUACAAUUGAUCGAAUCUUCCGUUUUUCACUUCCAUUAUUAUAUAGCGCCAUCUACCGUACAAAAUGAUUCAAAUAAGAUACUAUUAAUGCACAGAUUAUAAAACCUAAUUAGUCUGUUUAAAUACAAUUAAUAUGUAGGUACAUACAUAAGCUCACGCCCGUGAUCCUUAACGGGGUGGGCAGAGUCACAAAGGAGUAAUCACAAGAUACGAAGUCUUUUUGGGUUGACUAUACAGGGUGUUAGUGACAUUGUAACGAAAACUUUAAGGGAUGGUUGAGACCAUGAUACUGAGUCGAUAUCAAGUGGAAUUUCCUGUCUUUUUAGUGUUAAAAUUCCGUUUGAUAUCAAUUCAUAAUCAUAGUCUGAAUCACUCAUCAAAGUUUUCCUUACGAUGCCACUAGCACGCUGUAUUUAUUACGAUAACCACUUUAUAAUCUGUGAAUUUUAUCGUCUUAUGUACAACUGUUGCUCAAUCACGACGCCUGAGGGAUAUUACAUGAUUGUCACAAGAUUAUAUUUAAUUGUUACCGAAUCUUCGGCCAGUGUGAAGGAAUUGAUUUUAUUUUGCAUUUGUAAUGAAAUCCACGGGGGUUUAAACCCGGUGCUUGGGUACAAACCCAUAAGAGGCGCUUGCGUGGUGUUUACUACACUGUCUCUGUGGUCUCGAAGUAUCAGCAUUUUAGUAAUAAAGUGACUCCGGCGCAUGCGUAGAUGUAAGUAAGGGAACGUUAGACUGAUUUCGUGUAUGGUUUAAAUUAUAAAUUAUUAUUUAAAUGGAUUUUUUAAAUUAUUUUUUCGUUUUGUUCGUUACGAAUGAGUGAUGAAGUCGUAUGUAAAAAUAUUCGCCCCAUUAUACAGGGUGUUAGUGACAUCGUAACAAAUACUCAGAGGGAUGAUUCAGACCAUGAUUCUGAGUUAAUAUCAAGUGGAAUUUUCCGUCGUUUUAUUAUAUAAAACAUAACUAAAUAUAGCAUCGCGCAUGUACCCCGAAGAGGUAAGCAGAGGUGUGUAUACAGGGUGUUAGUGACAUCGUAACGAAUACUCAGGGGGAUUCAGACCACGAUUCUGAGUUAAUAUCAAGUGGAAUUUUCCGUCUCAAAAUUCAUGUUUUUUUUUUAAUUAAUUUCAAUUCUAUACUCUCAGUAUUCUUUACGAUGUCCCUUACAAGCCGUGCAAGUACAUACUCAAAGUUUUCAUUACGAUGUCACUAACACCCUGUAUACAUAAGUCAUCACUCAUUCAUAACUAAAACAUAAUGGGAGUCACUGUCCCGCGGAGCGUGACCCAACUAUCAACAAGACUGUUCUGGAUAUCGGUUUGUGUAAUUAUUUUAGAUAUUAUUUGUGUAGUGGGAAGGUGUUGCACGCGGGCUCUCUUCAUAAUGGCGGGUACUAUAGUAGCAGGAUAUACGAAGAAAUUGGUAGAACAUUAUUAUAAUGCACAAAAAUUACACUUUGAAGCAUUUCAUCUCAUCAAUAUUGCAAUUUGCGCAUAUAGAAGUAACUGUGCAUUGCCAAGCAAUAUUGCUUUUUUUAGAUGAAUUGCUUCAAUGUGGCCUAGCCAAUCUGGAAAUGUUUGUCAAGAUUUUUUUACUGGUUAACGUGUAACUCGCCUCGCAGAUGAUGAUGCAAGAUCAUUUGGACGGGUUAUGUAUACAUAGAAACAUUUUGCAACUUGGCUAAGGCCCUCUGGUGUGGAAUAUGCACUCUCUGUGUUUGUAUGGCUCGUGUAUGGAGACAGCCCCGCGUGCAGCGGUGGAUCGAUGUUCCGACGGCAGGUGUCGCCAUUCUGUACAAUUGCAGUAAACUUGGAUUAUUUA